AUGGAUCAAUUUGAGCAAUAUGAUAAGGGUCAAUUGUUACGUAAUAGAUAUCUAAAAGUCAAUGAUAUAACUGAAGGCUCUUAUGGUUUAGUUUCGGUUGCAAAAGAUACUAAAAAUAAUAAUCAGUUGGUCGCAAUUAAAUUUAUAUAUCCAAUUAAUUAUAAAAAGAAGAAGGAAGACAUUAAAGAGGAUGGAGAAGAAGAGGAGGAUCAAAAAUUUCAAUUAUCAAUUAUUAAAAGUUUAUUAAAUGAAGCUGCAAAAGAAAUUAAAAUUCAUAAAAUUUUAGGUGAUCAUAUCAAUAUUUCAAAAUUAUAUGAUCAUUUUGAUUCUUGUUUAGUUUUAGAAUAUUGUUCAAGAGGUGACUUAUAUGAAGCUAUAUAUAAUGGACAAGGACCAUCCACAAUUGAAGAUAUAAAAGAUGUAUUUCAACAAAUUUGUCAAGGUUUAAAAUAUUGUCAUUCAUUACAAGUUUAUCAUCGUGAUUUAAAACCUGAAAAUAUUUUAAUUACUAAAGAUUGGAAUAUUAAAAUUUGUGAUUGGGGUUUAGCAACAACAUCAAAAAUUGUAACUGAUAAAAAAGAAUUUGAUAUUGGUAGUGAAAGAUACAUGGCACCAGAAUUAUUUGAUUCAAUGAUUGAAUUUUAUGAUGCUUCAAAAAUUGAUAUUUGGUCAAUAGGUAUAAUUUUAUUAACAUUAAUUUUUCAUAAAAAUCCUUUUAAAAAAGCUGAAAUUUCUGAUAAAUCUUUUCAAAGAUUUAGUUUAAAUAGAGAAUCAUUAUUUGAUAUUUUUUCAACAAUGAGUGGUGAUUUAUUUUCAGUUUUAAGAUUUUGUUUAACUAUAGAUCCAAAUAAUCGUGAUUUAAAUGGUUUAAUGAAUGAAAUGGAAUCUUUAAGAUAUUUUACAAUUGAUGAUGAAUAUUGGGGUAGUGAUGAUGAUGAAGAAGAUAAAGAUUAUAUGGAAGAAGAAGAUGAAUAUGAAUCUGAUGAAUCUGAUGAAUCUGAAGAAUAUUCUUCAUCAUCAUUAGAAGAAAAUGAAAAGAAUAAACCGAAAGUUAUAAUUGAUGAAUUACUGCCACCAGAAGAAGAACCAUUCAAAUUCAAUUCAAGAGCAGAAGCUUUAUUAUCAACAAAUACAGAUUUAAAACCAAUUCCAAUCAAUAAAAAUAAAGUUUUUGAUAAAUCAAGAAAACCUUUAAAAGUUGCAUCAUUUGCCCCAUCUUCAAAUACUAAUCAACUUGAUAAUAAUAAUCUAUAUCAUAAUAAUAACAGUUACAAUAAUAUAAUUUAUAAUAAAUAUCAAAAUAAUAAAAUUAAUAGAGAAGAUUUUUUUACACCAAAAUCGGUAUUCAAUCAUUAUAUGGAUAAAUAUGGUGAACAAAAAUUUAAUAAACAAAAUAAAAGUAAUAGUCGUCAUCAACCAAGACGUAAUGAAAGAAAAACUUGGAAAAAAAACUAUAAAAAAACAAAUAAUAAUAAUAAUAAUAAUAAUAAUAAUAAUAAUGAUACAAAUUAUCAUUAUAAUAACAAUAAUAAUCAACAAAAAAGAAAAUCAAGAUCAUAUUCAACAUCAAAAUUAAAAAGAGGAUUGAAUGGUAAUAAUAAUUCAGGUUCAGUAUUUGCAACUUCUGCAAAUUCAUUUAAUAAUCAUUCAUUAUCAUCUUCUUUUCAUCCAUUAGCACAUCCAAGUAAUGGAUCAACAACAAAUAAUAAUAAUAAUAAUAAUAAUUUACAUCAUCAUAAUAUUGCAUCAAAUUUAUCUAGUUCAGGUAGAUAUAUUCCACCAUAUUUAAGAUCACCAACUCUACCAAAAUCAUCACCUGUAAUUGAACCAAAUCAACCAGAAGGAGAAUUGGAUCAAUUAUUAGAAGUCUUUCAUUUAGAAGAUGAUUUUGAAAGUGAUGGUACAACAAGUUCAAAUAAUAAUAAUAAUAUCAAGCAUAAUAAUUCACAUAUUAAUGGUAAUUCACAUUAUACGCAUCCACAUCAUGUCAAUAGAAAACAAAUGUUUGGUUAUGAAUCAGGUCAUGAUUCAGAUAGAUUUAAUAAUGGUCAAUUGAAUAAUAAUAGUAAAUAUAUUCCACCAUUUAGAAGAAAUUCAACAACAACAACUCAAACAAAUUUGAAACCAAUUUCAAAUUUUCUAAAUAAACAUAAUAAUAAUGAGAAAAGACAAACGACAACAAAUAAUUUUAAAAAUUUUAAUAAUAAAAAUAAUACUAAUAAUCAUAAUGAUGAAAUUUAUGGUAUGAAUUCUGUUCCUAUUAUGGGUUCAGAUUGGUCAAAAUUUAAAAAAAAUUGGAGUGAUUACGAAAGUUAUGAAUAA